UGUAAAUUUGAGUACGAUAACAAUCGCGAUUUCUGUUCAGACCGCCGCUAAGAAUUUAUAUUUUUAUGGCACAUAUUUCCGUCGAAACUUCGUCUCUUCAAGAACUAGUUGAACAAAAAGAAAAUGAAUGGAGAGAAGCACAGCAACUGCAAAAUAAAUCACUGCAGAAUGCUCUUAAGGAGAAAGAAAGACAGCUUAACAACGAAAGAGUGCGAUUUAGGAAGUUGAAAGAGGAUUUUGAAUACAACCUGAAACUGUUACAGGAGAGAGACCAGGAACUACAAAGAUACGAUGCGUUGUUUUCGCAAGUUAGAAACAUCAAUAGUUCAAGAGAUGGUGAGGUCAGUGAUCUGAAAAUCCAGUUGGAUGACCUCAAACUCAAGUUAUCUCACGAGGAGAAGGCCAAAGAAGAACUGCAAAGGCACUACCAACAGGUGUGAAAAUUUAGACGUUAAUUUUGGAGCUGGGGGAACCGUAAUGUGUUUCCUGGUUAUUUGCCCAAGAUUUCUCUCUUUUUUUGUAACUUCAGUCGGUGAUCCCACUACUUUAGACAUUAAUGAGCUGGUAAACAAAUAGAUUUCGUGUUGCUGUACGUCUGUUCCGUGAAAGAUCACAGAUGGCAUCAAAUGUCAACAAGAGAACAAAACAGUGGCAUACAAGGGGCAGUCGAGUGUGUCACUGAUGUUCUAACCACAUUUUGGGGUCUUCUGUGAUCAAUGACUGCACAGAAACAUGGCAACAUCUAAUCUAUAUUUUAUAUAUGAUAAAAAAGGAAACGCUCUAUUAUGGUGGCAUCAUCUAUGUGUCUGUUCUCCAUUAGAUCACAAGUAGGAAUCAAUCAAAAUGUCUGUAUAAUUCAGCUUAUGAUCCAUCAAAUAUUUUUGCUAGCAUGUGAUUGGUCUAUAUGCAGCAUGUGACCAAAUAUCCCCCAGCUAAAACUGAGUGAUAUCCCAGAAUAUACUCAAGCAAUAUUCCCCAAUUUUUAAACCUUAUGUCUACUACAAUAAGUCUUUGCUUCAAAUUUAAUUCAAGAUGAGAGAGGGUUUUGUGGGUGUUACAGAAGAAGAGAAAUAUUUUUUUGUGCAUUAAGUCGUAUCAUAGAACACUUAAAAGAAAAUAUCCCAUGCUAUAUACAGUAAGCUGUUCAUAAACAUUUUUUUCACGCACAUUCUAAAAUACUUGAAGGACAAUAAACACGAUAGCCUCUAUUUUGUGCCAAAUUAUUUCUAGAUAUUUUUCCUUGGACCUUCUCUGUUCCUCAAAGUUCACAGUUUUCCUUGAGCUUUGCUCUCAAAAAACUGUUUGCAUCUUGGAACAGAUAAUGUCUGCAGACAAAUAUUUGUACAUAUUUUCUUGCCAAAUAGAGGCUAUUUAUUUAUCAUAUAUAUAUAUAUAUAUAUAACAAUAAUUGUUUGUGACUCAUCCAUCUUCCCUCAAUCCUGGGUCUCUCAUCUCUUGGCUACUUAUUGAAUUGUAGCGUUUGAGGGAACAUCAACAAGAACUGAACCAGUUUAGACUCAACAAAGAAAAUGAAGUGAACAAAGAAAGAGAAGAAUUUGAGUCAUUCAAAAGAGAGCUGCAAGUACAGCUGAGGUAUGUUAAUUAUAGAGUAAUAUUCAGUUCAGAUGUGGGAGACAUUGUUGGCUAACAUUUCGCACGCUGGACUCUGGGUUUGGAGGUCUGCAUUCAAGACUUGACUUGGCCUUUGUCUUGUGUUUUUUGGGUGAGACACUUCACUCUCACUUUGCCUUUCUCUACCCAGGAGUAUAAGUUCCUAUCACCAAACUCUCAGGGAAAUCAGAUGAAAUUAUUUGGGUAAUCUGCAGUGGACUUUCAGGCCACUCAGAGGUAGUAACAAUAAUCCUUAAGUCACCUUGUGGUAUUGUGAGUGGGAUAAGCUCCUUCUGGAUGAAGUACUCAGCUCAAUCGCUGAACUGAUGGAGGAACUAAUUAAAAAAAAAACAACAACAAAUUAUCAAAUAAUUCUAUUUUGUAAUUCAUACAGGGCAGCUGAGGAGGAUGUAGAAGCUCAGAGGCAAGAGUUAAUGUCAGGAUUUGAUGAUGCACAGCGCAAAAGAGAACAUGAGUUCAGAAAGAAAGCAGAUGACCUGAGUAAUUCUUUACUUACUCAUGAGUUAAAGGUUUGUAUAAAAUCUGAUCAAGAAUAAAAUUAGUCUGGAUUGAUCAAAAUGUGAUUGAUGGUUAUUAUAAGAAGAAUAAAGGUGGUAAGUUUCUAAAGAAACUGUGGUGCUGUGUCAGUGGGAGAGUAAAGCAGGUAAUUAAAUGUUAACAACUGAGUUGAAAACGUAAAUUGGCCACUGCAAAGAGUAAAAAAGCUGACAUUUUGAGCAUUAGCCCUUUGUCAGAGUGAAGGGCUAAUGCUUGAAAUGUCGGCUUUUUUACUCUUUACGGAGGCCAACUUAUGUUUUGAACUCAGUCGGUAACACUAAAUUACUUAUUAUAAGUAGAAGUUUGACUUAGAUCUAACAGCAUGAUCAAUAAUUCUAAAAUGUAGAGUUUGCUCUCUUCAGUCUUACAAUGCACAAUGGUGAAACCUCACAGAACACUUUAGUAAUACCCUAAUAUACACUGUCGUCUUAAAUUUUAAAUCUAAUCCUGGAUUAGCAAGUUACUAGUGCCUGUGGUAUACUAAAGAUGAGAUAAUGGGGCGUGCCAUUUUCAGGUUAAAAUGCUCACAAAGGAACUAGAGUUACUCAGAGCCAGUGGAGAAAGAACAAAAGAUGAACUGGAAGACACAGAGACAGUUGUCCACAAUUUAGAAAAGGAGCUGAAGAAGAAGGAAUGGCAGUUAACAGAUGAACAGAACAUGAACAAAGCAAAGGUGGCUGAAAUGGAAGCAGAAAUGGAACAGUUAAGAUUGACAAUGAACAAGAUGCAAGAGAAAUUUCAACACAAGCAUGCAGAGUUGGAUCGAUAUGCUAAGGAGAAGGAACAAGCACUUAUUGCAGCUAAAGAGGUAAGUUAAACCCUUUCAAUGCAAGCAAUGAUCAAAAUUACAAUGUACAAUACAAUGUUGCUAUGUUUUCUGCAGAGAGGUGACCCCAGGGUUAUUUUGUCAAGAGUAAUUAGAUGCUGGUUAUUCUUUGGAGUUUAAGGGUUAAGGACAUAAUUAUAGCUUCUGUGGUUUGUUGUUAAGGCCCAUGGUGAGCUUGAAAGAAGUCUAGAGGAGAAGAUCAGAGUAUUGCAGAAUCAGCUAGAGACUGAGCAAGUGGAAUGCCGCAGACUUCAAUGGGCCAUCAAGGAUGCUGGGAAAGAAAAAGAGUUGGAAUUUCAAAGGUAAUCAAAAUGACUUUUUUAUUUGUGUGCUAUGAACCCAAUUGCAGGGUGAAGAAGAGCAAAACCAAAACAAUAUCCGAUUACUUUCCACUCUCACUGAAAAUUACUCUUUCAAUAACAAACUCAAUCCAUGUGCAAUGUGAAAUAAAAGAAUAGUCUGUUCAAGGCAUUCCAUCAGUAGAGUGGAGUGCAGUAGUAAUAGCAACAGGGCAAAAACAUGGGAAGUUUGGGACUGGACAGGUACCAAACUAAACCUCCUUUGGUUUUUUGCUCAACCACUUCGAUGCUGCUAUUUACUGUGGCUUUCCAUUUCACUGACUGAACGUCUAGUACCAGCCAGUUUGAGAAUUGAAGUUAGGCGUUAACCCUUUACACCCUAACAUCAGUAUACACAUUCUCCAUACUGUUCUCUAUACAUUUCUUAAGGUGCCAUCAAAGAGAAUUUGUAUAACAAUCAGGAGCUUCUUCAGUUAGUGAUCAUUUCCUCAAUUCUUGUGAUCAUAAUGUUUAAAUAUGGAUUAUAUUUUGGGGAAGAAUUAUAAGCUCGUCACUCUUAAGGAUUAAAGGGUUAACCCUCUAACUCCGAUGAGUGAUCGAGACAGGAUUUCUUCUUACAAUAUCAAAACAAUAUCAAGCAGACAAGUGAUGAGAAUAAAGAAAAAAUAUCAAUUAGGUAAUUAUAAGUUAAUCCAAUACCAAAGUCUCCAAACUAACAUCACAAGAACUGUAUGGCAGAUAGUAAGUGGUAAGUGGUAAAGUUUCCAUCCCAAUAAUGCUUCCUGUUUGAUUGUGAUCAUCUCAUUACUUGCUGUCAGACUAGUGGGGACCAUAGCCGAUCUAGAGCACAAACUGGAAAAACAAUCAGCUGAUCACGCCAGAUCCACAGUGGCUCGUGACUUGGAACUAGAAGCGUUACGUCAUCAGGAAGAGAAGAUGAGGUUGGAAAUUGUACAGCUCAAGGAAAACACUGAAAGGUAAAGUUAACAACAAAUAUUGGUAAUUGAACAUUGAUUCAAUAUUAAUUUAUUUGCGGGCCUGUUUGUUGAUCCAUGUGACGAACACAGAAAGACUAAGACUUUUUUCAAAAGCAUAACUGUUAAACUGUUGAAAAAAGUGCAUUUUCUGUUAAAUGAAUGGCAGUAAGCGGCAAACUUCCAGAUGGUCCUCUAAUCUGUGGAAUAUUUAUUCGUAAAGUAACUCUCCUUAAAUACAGAUGACAUUUCAGAUUUGAUGUUGAAGCCUAACCUAAACUAUAUCGUUAAGGACAGUGUUUUUGGAAAUCAAAAAGUGUUCCUUUUUUCUUUUUCAUCAGCGUGUUUUUGAGAUAAACGUUUCAAUGUGGGGAAAACGGACUGUGAUAAAUUAACCUCGCAUAGAAUUUGCUUAAUUUGCCAGCCGUGGUCUUAAACACUGCUAUUUUAUCAUUAACUCUAAUUCAUAUCUUAAGGUGGCAAACCUUUCUAGCCUAUUACCUCAAUUAAAUAUCUUAUCAACCUUUUUCAUGCAGAUAUAAGAAAGAACUCACCGUUGCUUUGGAGCGAGAGUCUUCCAUAGAGCGAUCCAGAGCUCAGCUUGAAGUUGAUUGGCAGCGGCGAUGCGAGGACACUGAAAGAGAGAUGUACAAUAAACAGGAGCAGCUUAUUGCUGCUCUCACAAAGCAGAGAGACGAGGUACGUGGUAUAGGGAGAGCAAGUCAUAAUCCUUUUAGAUUGAGUGUUAAUAAACCAAAACCAGAAUGGCUACCACUUAGAACAAAGGAAAAUAUCACAAGGUGCCUUUGAGGUACGGAUCAAAGUCAGUUUCUGAGCAAACUGUGCACCUACUCCUCCCCUAACCCAACAACACUCAACUGCUAAUUAUUUAGGGAGAGUUACUGUUGGAUUAGGGGAGGGGUAGUUGCGCAGGUGCUCAGAUGUUAACAUUGAUCCCAAAAUUUAAGUCAAAACAAGUUGACUUUGUUGAAUUGCGAUUGAUCUUACUAGCUUGCACCUGAUUAGCUUUGAAGGUAGUAUAGGUUUUCUCCACUAGUCAUAGAGAGCGAGAAACCUAGAUCAGUACCUUACCACUUUCUUAAAAAUUACUCUAUAUGGUUCCACUUUGACAGUGUGUUGAUCCAGAAAAGCGAUUAUCCCUUUCCCUCCCUCGGAGGGUCAUUUGAUUAUAGCCCCAUCCCACCCCUCUGGAUAUUCAAUGUCUUCUUUGAAACCUACCUUGAAUGAAGUCGCUUUUUUUUAACCUUUCUUCCGCUCUUAAUUGUUCUAAGCACGAAGAAGAGAAAUUAAUUGAAAUCAGGAUUACUUUCAAUAACCAAAUAACAAUCCCUCUACGUGGUAAGCAGUCUUGUUUCUGUAUCAACAGGCUGCGGCGCUUGCUCAAGAACGGGAGCGAGAAUUGGCACAAAGAGAUGAACUUAUCCGUGUCUUGACCCAAACUAGAGAUCAGGCCUUCGCAACCCUUCAAAGGCAUGGUCUCGCCAUUCCAACACAACUGCCAAAUAAGGAAGAGCAACUCGAGGGUUCUUCGCGUGAUGUUGGAAAACCUCGUGACUUCCCCCCUGAGGAGAAAAUCAAAGAGCUGGAAGCACAGAACAGCAAUUUGAGAUCUGUGAUUAAACAAAUGCGGCAGGACAUGGAGAACCUUAGCAAUGAAUUUGCUGCAAGGCCCUCAUCGACGAUGGGGCAACGAAGAGAUAGUGAAAAGGGGUCCCCUGUGCCACUGACUAAAGGUAAUGGAAGAACGCAAGUUACUAAGUUGCGAUUGGUUGUAUUUUUGUGUCUAAUUGUGUAAGAGGGUGGCCCGAAUUUCCUGGACAUAUCGCAGAGCGAAGAAAACUAGAACCAAUACAAUGCGCUUAAAUAAGUUUUGUGCGCUCUAGGGUCUUAUGUGGGCGAAGUGAUGUGCUGCGAAGCCGCGGUUAAUUUCCGUCCCAAGCCUAUCGGAGUUUCGUCGUCUAUCGGUUUUUAGCUCUUUUGAGCACAGAAAGCCGUCAGUUACGCAGGCUAACUUAAAUUGAUACUGGGACUUGCUUUAGAAAUACUUUACCUAAUGUAGCGCUCUUCUUGAAUUUUAGUCAAAGGAUCUUUUCUCUGCAGAGUAUGUGGAGUCACUUGAAAAGGAGAUCACAGAAUUGAAGUCAAAGAACCGAACACUGAAACAGCAAGUUGAGGAGAAACCACAGUCCGCCCAACCUCGUAGUCGUGCACAAAUAGCGGUAUCUGGUGUUCAGCCUCAAGAUCCGUUCAUACAAGCCCAUAUUAGGGAACUGAAUGGAACAAUUGGUAAGAACUUAACUGUCUUAAGGCUGGGGCAACAACAUGCAACAAUUCGCUGGAAAACUUGUGCUGAGCCAAAAGGCGAGCGGCAAAAAAUGGUGGUAGUUUAACCAUCAAACGUUCUUCAUCCACUAUUUCGCUCUUUUACUUUGACUAGAAACUGCAACAGGUUAUUUCCUAGUGGAACACGACGCCAAGGCAAGCGCAAAUACCAUUCAUUUUCGUGUAUCGAAAUUUAUGUCAAGAUCUUUCUGCCUGUGCCUAUUCCACCCCCACUUUUCUCUGGCUGCGAUAUAAUUGCUUCAGCUAAGUAUUUUUGCGGAGCAAUUAAGUAUUAUCAACUGAGUUGAUAACUUAAAUUGGCCAUCAUAAAGAGUUUGAAAGCUGACGUUUCAAGCGUUAGCCCUUCGUCAGAGCGAUUGACGAAGGGCUAACGCUCGAAACGUCAGCUUUCAAAUUCUUUACGGUGGCUGAGUUACGUUAUCAACUCAGUUGAUAAUACGUAAUUACCUUGCUAUACUCCCCCACCGACGCAGCACCACAGUUUGUUUAGAAACUUACCCCCUACAUUGAUACGUUUUUGCAGAAGCUUAAUUUCUAGAGUCCGUCGCUUUCUUUCUUUCUUUCUUUUUUUUUUUUUUCAUUUUGCAUUUUCUCGACGAACUUUGCCGGAAAGAAGGGCUCGAAGUAGUUAUACUGGUAUAAGCUGCAGUUACUUGAAGAGCAAUGUCUGCAAGCUUCUUCUGUCUCUUACCUCCAACGGUAGCCUAAAUGAUAAACGUUGUUAACAUUCAUGCACAUUGUUAUAAUUCACGUUUUCACAUUAAGAAUCAGUGUUAUUUUCUCCUAGAGCUUAGAAAUACCUGUACGUAUUUGUGUUGUUGUUAAUCAGGUGCUUUACGCCAGGAAAAACUGGAGCUGUCAACACAAGUGAAGAAACUUCAAGGCACUGUGGAUCAUCUGCAGGGAUCUCUGACUCAAGUGCACGAGGAGGUAACUCAAAACAGUGAAGACCUCUGCGAGAUAGACAUUACUUUGAUCCAGGCUCUAAGAGUCACUCUCCGCUAAUUUCCAGUCAUUUUUCUGCAACUAAACUCUCCUCCUUGAGACGAUGUUCAACUUAGAAGUAACUUUCUGUUCGAAAACUUCGUGCAGUGUCCUUCACAAAGAUGUGGCUGAACAGAUCACUUCUUGUCUUUCGGCAGGUUCGCCAGAAACAGUUAGCAAUGGAUCAGCUACAGUACGAACUUACGACACAGAGCAGGCGAGCGACUGAUGAGCUGACUGCUCUGAAACAGCGCGCAAAUGAGCUGGAGCUGCAACUGACCCAGACAAGAAGAGAGGCGGAUGAGUACUUCAGGAGUGGACUGGAACGGAAUGCUGAGGCAACGUCCUUAGGAAAUCAGGUGAUUUGAAAAUAACUAAAAGUAUUAAGCCGCAAAUUUCUCAAAGUAACUCUUGUUUAUAGUUCAGUCCGCGACUGCGAGUUCUGCCACUCCCCCUCCCCCCGUCCAUCGUCGCUGCUUUUUCUUCAACUUAUCGAUGUUUUUGCUCAAGGGAGUAGGUUUCUAAAGAAACUGUGGUACACUGUGUCAGUGGGAGAGUAUAACAGGGUAAUUUAGUUUCAUCAACUAAGUUAAAAGCGUAAAUUGGCCACCGUAAAGAGUUUAAAGGCUGACGUUUCGCGCGUUAGCCCUUCGUCGUAGCGAUUGACGAAUGGCUAACGCUCGGAACGUCAACCUUUAAACGCUUUACGGUGGCCAGUUCAUAUUUUUGCUAAUUUGUUUCUGCUAAUAGCUGUCAAGUCUUAAAGUCGAACUUGCAUCUCAAGGGAGAGGAGCUGUGUCAUUCAAUCCUCAGGCAGAAAUCAUUAAACAACUUCAAGAUGAGAUUCAUCGACUGAGGAAACAACUCACAACAGGUAGGAUAUGCCAGCAGUCUAAGGUUUACAAUGCGACCUGGCCUGCGAGCAGUCUGAAUGUUACAAUGCGACCUGGCUUGGGCAAACCAUGGAGGGCUACAAGUUGGAGAUGAGGGGUGAAAGGAGGGUGCAUGCAUGUUUGUCUAGUCGUGUUUAUAGAGUUACUUCUCCAAGUGAACAAUGAUUUUUGUUUAUUUUAGUAGUUUCCGUUUUAAAUGUUGUAGGUUUUCAGCAAACUCUUAUUCUUGAUAAGGCUUUGAAAAAACAAACAGAACUGCCUUUAAUAUUGGCAUAUAUUGCAUCCUAUUAUAAUCAGGUGCUCAAACAAGCGACAAAGAUUUCCUCGAUCCAGUGUCUCUUAAUCGACCGUCAAUAUCUCAAAUGGCGCGGCUACAAAACAAAUUACAUGAGGCGGCGCGGCGCAUCAGCCGAAUGUCUCAAGAGAAAGAACAGCUUAUUCAGAUGGGAAACAGGCUCAGAGCGGAGCUUGCAAAAUAUACAGGUAACCUUCAAGUCUGUUCAUAAUCCCUUUUGACUGAAUGCUACAAACGAUGGAGACGUUGAAUUGUCGGCGUAAAAAUCAGUUUUGGUUGAAGAGAACUUAAGAUGAUAUUUUGAAAGAGGACAGAUGAUCAGUUUUCUCUCGUGCAGAAAGGUUUUAAAAUUAAAUCAACCCUUUACACCCUAACAUCAGUAUGCAUAUUCUCCAUACUGUUCUCUAUACAUUUCCUGAAAUACUGACAAGGAGAAUUUGUUUAUAAAUUAAGAGCUUUAUGAGUUGGUAAUCAUUUCCUUGAUUCUCGUGACCUUAAUGUUUGAUUCAGGGGUGAUAUUGUAAGGAGAAAUUAGAAGCUGGUCACUCCUAGGGGUUAAAGGGUUAAAAGACAACGUUUGUGAGAGACCAGGUGGUUACGGUUAGAGGUUUGAACACGAGAGCUUGGGUCGACUCCUACCCAGGUCAUUGGGCUGUUUUCUCGGCCAAAACAGUUUUUUUCUCACAGCGCCUCUCUCCACUUAAGGGUUUAAACGGACCCUAGUAGUUUAUCAGGAAAAAAGUAAGAAAUGACGAGAAGAAAUCUGCGAUGAAACAUGAUUCCUACAUUAAGGGGGAGUGGCAAAACUCCUGAUCACUUCAUGCCAAGUGCCUAACUAGGAUUUCUUCAAAGGCAAGUGGAGUUGCACGUAUCCAUGACAGUAUCUGAGCAACUCCGCACCUACCCCCCCCCCCUCCUUACCCAACAUUAACCCUGACUUAAUAUCAGUUGACUGUUGUUGGGCUAGUGGAGAGGUGGGCGCGCAGUUACACAGAUACUAACAUUGAUCCAGUCACACUAUGUCACACCCAGACAUGCUACCCAACUGUCAUGUCGACGACAUCCAUGCUGUCGAUUACGAAAAGACAAAUUUUGUUCCAUGAGCUGUGUGUGAUUUAUGCCGUGUGGAUUCUCUCGGAAUCCCGAUUUUUCGCCUUAAUAGUCUCGGAUGUAGCGUCUUAACCUCAGCAAUCUUCUCAACGUGAAUAUUUAAACCAAACUGAAAUACAUUCAAUCGUUCUCUGGCAAUUGUCAGAUGGUCGAAAGAGCGCUCCCCUUGGCCGUAUAAUCAGCCAGCCCCCUCAGCCCUUAGUCACUGAAGCCUCUUCAGGAAAGACCCCUAUCGGAAGGACCCCAGGUGAGAUGAAGGACCAUUUACAGAGCCAAUUAGGUGCUGUGGAAAACCUGCAAUACCAGCUCACUUCUCAGGAGCUCCAGUUUGCACAGCGUAUGGCUCUAAAAGAACAGCAAGCAGCUGAGCAUGUCAAAAUCACUGUAGCCUCAAGUUCAAGUGAUUCUAAUGAUGGUGAGUGUAGAUUUUUUUAUCGAUGUUGUGUGAUUUUGAGAGGAUAUUCUCUUUCUUUCUUUAAGAUGCACCUUAUCCUUAAUAGUAAAUAUUAUAUAUAGAAACGUAUUAUGGUAAGAAUUCAUUUAAGUACCGUGCUAAAAGGAUAUCAAGCUGAAAUGAGGCCUGGUAUCAAACCGAUAUCCAAUAGCUCUGUGGUAGAACAUCCACUGUGGGGGAAGGCUCGUGUCAGGGAGUCGAAUCGUUAUGGGUGAUGAAGACUUUUAUUGUACCACAAUCAACACAAAAGAACUAUUCAAUGACCCAGUUAGCAAAUCGACACUGGUUUUGCGUGGUCUGUACUCUUAUUGACAGCGAUAUUCGUCUUCACAGUGGUCAAAAUGAUGUAGACUCACGAGGCGCAGCUGUGUGAGUCUGCAACAAAAUUUUACCACAAUAUCGACGUCAAAUGAAACGAUUCUGUUAGUGUGUGACGUGUUGCGUGACACGUUGACGCGAGCAGCGUUGUCUGUACUCUUAUCGACAACGGCAAAUUAGCCAAUCAGAUUGCGAUAUUACUUGCAAAUGUCGGGUAAAACAUAACAUUUACUUUAUCCCCUCUUCGACUUGCCCUAUCUUCUUUCACCCUAUCGUAAAAAAGUCAAGAUAUGCGCUUGUCUCAUGCAGUCACUUAUAUUUUGUGCAGAUGGAAAAGUACCAGUGCUAUUGGAAUCACAACAUGUAGUAUCUCGUGAUACAAAUAAAAAAGACAGCGCCCCGGUAGAUAGUCGUUUGACUCGUCCACCAGCCAAUCAGUGGACGUCUUCGCCAGUUUACGAUCAACCACUGUUUACGUCAUCUUCGGAAGGCCAAGCGUCGUUGCAAGAAAUUUGGAAGAUUUUGGACGAAGAAGAAAGUUUCCGUAGUCCAACUCCCAGGAGAGCUCGCCCCAGCUCUCCUCAGCGUCUUAGAGCCACAAGGGACCAGGACCCUGAUCAUAUUCCAGAGCGGGACUCUCCCGAGCGUGAUUCGUUCGCCCUAAAAGGAAGGCGAACGGAAGUUCAAAGUAGACCUUCAAAGCAGCGACCAGAAUUGUCCAAAAAGGCUGCUGGCAAAGGUAGGCUGGCUCAAAAGAAAAUUAAAGUGAGGAAUUAUAACAUUAGAGACGAUGGCUGAGAAGAACUGGUUUCCUGAAUCAAAGACGAAUGCAAGAGUCCCUCAUGAUGGCGAACAAGAUCGUUGUCCUUAGGGUGGUAGAUGUCGCAGAAUCUAUUUAUGUAAGCUGACUGCAAGUCGCACUCGAUCAGAGGAGAAAUUCGUCGUUCUAAGAACAUGGAAUUUAAUGAUCGUUAAGCUUCAGAACACCGGUUUGAACCUUAGAGACAAAAACCGCCUUGAAACAUCAAUUUCUGACAGUGCCGAGUAUUACAAUGUGCUAGUCAAAAUGCAUCCCUACACUCUUUAUCCUUAUGGUAAAAUGAGACAUUAACGUUUGAUAUACGUGAACUGGCCUUGAGAAAUCGUCGUAGUAUUGAAUACUCGUAUGUUCAGACGUUCCGUCCAUAGCUAAGGCUCAUUUUUUUCUGUUGAAGUGAAUAUGAUUGUUUUCCUUUCUUCAUGAAUUGGAAUGGUUAGCAAAAGUAGAUUUGGUGCUUUCUCUUCUCUUUUUCCACUUUACAAUAACCCGGUAACUGUUGAC